GGCAGAGAGAAUGGCAUAAAAAGGAGAUAAAAAAGAAAAAGCCAAUAAAUAGUAGUAGCACGUGCGAAAGAAUAUCGCACGCUUACCAUCUCCAACACUCUCUCUCUCUCCCCUACCUCGCGAAGGAACUUCAUCGUCAAACCCUCUCUCUCUCUCUCUCUCUCUCUCUCUCUCUCUUCCCUCUUCCUCUCUCUCUCUCUACCCUAAAUUUCGCAAACCCUAAUCCUCCAUUUUUCACAUGAAAUUCAAACCUCAGAAUCAUCCUAGCGUUUCAGAGGACACAGACUUUUUUUCAUGAUUCGUCAGCUACCUUUCAAGCCCUAGCAGCAAUUUUUUUUUUUUCUAAUUUUUUACUUUUCUCUCACCCACACCAUCUGUGUUACGUGCGAAUAGCGACGACCAUGGAGGGCUCUGUGCAGGAGGAUCUCGGAGCCCCUGAGUCAUGGGAGGUCGCCGAUUUGGACGAGUCCAUGAGCCGCUUGAUGCUCUCCUCCUCCAGGAAGGACUCCAAGACCCAUCUUGAGUUCGCUGAUGUUUCAUCAGCUUCCGCUUCUUCUUCUGCUUCUUCUUCAUCUUCUGUCUCGGAUUCUUCGUCUUCUGCUGCAGUUGGUGGUGGUGGGGCUGGUGGUGACAUGGUUCCUGAUGACCUCAUCAAUCAGGUCGAUCAGUUCCUUCGCGAAGCCUUACAAAACCCUCGCGAGCGCCUUUCGAUUUUGAGGAUGGAGCAAGAUGUUGAGAAGUUUAUUCAUGACCCUACUCAACAGCAACUAGAGUUUCAGCAGUUGCCUACUUCUUACUUGCGCUUGGCAGCACACCGGGUGGCUCAACAUUACUCACUUCAAUCAAUGGUUUUAUUAGAUAGCAACUCAUCUGAUGGUUCUGGUUCCAGAAUAAUUGUUCGUAAAACUAAUGAGUGUCGACUGCCUUUGAUUCGCCUUGCAGACAUCCCAGUAAAUUUACCAUCAGAAGAAAAUAGUGCUCUAAAAGUUGCAAUUAAACAAAGGCCACAAAAAAGGUCGCAGAAUGUGAACAGUGCAAAUUCAAAUUCGAUAAAGUCUAGCAAUUCCAAGAGUGUUGAGGAAAGGAAAGAGGAGUAUAACAAGGCUCGUGCUCGAAUAUUUAACUCUAGUAGUAAUAUAAACAUUGGUGCAAGUGGGAAACAGGAAAGUGAACUAAGGCUGCAGGAUGGUUCUCAGCAUGGUUCCUUGGGGAUCUCAAAGAUGGAAGAUAAAUCUGUAUCGGUCAUUCCUGAAAUAAAUUCUGGUAGAGGUUUCAUUGAUUCAUCAACAAGUAGUGUAAGGGCAGCUAGAAGUAGGAUAGAGAAGGAACCAGUUGUUAGGUACAGACCAAAUAAUAGGGUAGCUAUAUUUCGGGACCGUGAGGUGGACCGCAAGGAUCCUGAUUAUGACAGGAGCUAUGACAGGUAUAUGCAAAGAUUUGAUCCUGGUUUUGGGUUUAAUGGAGGACCAUACACCAUCCAGCCUAUGUAUACCCCUGCUUUAAACUAUAACACUGAAUUUCCACAACUUGGUUCUACUCAUAGGCCGCAGAUUUCUGCUGAACCUCAACCCCGUCCGCUACCUCAACAUUUACCUGGGCCAUGGGCCGCACCAUCAGCCCCCGCAGGACUUGGGUAUGGUCAUCCUGAGACCAUUAUGACACCAUUUAAUCCAAGUCAUGUUGGUGCACGCUCCGCAUCUGGCAUGUAUAUGCAUUCCUCUCAGUAUCCUUGUCAGCGCCCUGGAAUGCCUUUCAUUCAUCCUCACGAACAUGUUCACCAACAAUUUUCACAGUCUCAUCAACAACAACCUGAUGCAAGUUUUGGAUUAGCCCGGCCCCGAUGAGGGGCUGGGGCCAUGCCUGCACCCUGCCAGUUGAGAAGUUAAGCUUGAAGCACGAUGGGCUGCAGAGCCAUAUAUCUCUUAGCUGGUAGGAGUGCAGGCAGAGUGAACUGAGGUGGAUUAGGGUGGAUGUUUCAAUUUUGAGGAAACCUUCAUCAGUCCAUUCUGCCAUCUCGGUUUCAAAUGAAGCUUCUCACAUCUGUGAUGAAUGAUGAAGAAGAAGCUCAUUAAAAUUGGCAAAAUUUGUUGGGAUGACCUCUCUGAAAGAGCUCAUUGUUUUGCCAUUGAUGAUGAAGCAUGGAAUAGAAGAAACUUACCCGACACUGGGAAAGUAUGUGCUCAGCUUUGAUGAAGCACCAGAAAGAGCCACAGGAGAGUAUUAUGUGUUACACAAGAUUCUAUAUGAAGAUAUAUUAUACAGAUUCAGCUACCAGUAAACUUGGUGUGUUCAUCGGGUUUCGGCAGAAGAUCAGACAGUUGCAAUUGCAAUUCUUUUACAGUUUUUAACACCUGAUUCGAGAAAUAAGCAAAUCACGUUCUGUACCAUAUGAUAUUGUUUUCUUGUGUAAUUUUACCUUUCGUCAUCUUCAGCAAGUUGUUUGCACAAAUUGAUACUUGCUUAAUGCUUUAUUCUUUUCAUUUUUUUA